UCAUUGACUCAUAUGGCUACACGUCGAGGCGUAGGCUAUCUGUCAUUUUGUGCCAGUGGUCACAUGGCUUUGGACCUCAGGAAUGGAUGGAGAUGGAUCCCCACGUCAGCUUGUAGGGUUUCUGCUCCACCAAUCUGCCUCAAAGCGCGUGGAGCGCCGCGCCGCGGAGGAACUAUGUGAGGAUUAUCAGAGCAGGAUUCCAGCAUCAGAAUAUGGAUUUGGAUGAGCGGGUCUCUGGUUCGAACAUGUAUUUACCAAGCUGCACUUACUACGUCUCGGGACCGGACUUUUCGGCUCUCCCUCAUUAUUUAACCCAGAACCAGUCCUCCUGUCCGGUGUCGUACUCUUACCAGUCCUCGACUCUGCCACAGGUCCCGUCCGUGAGAGACGUGGCGUUCAGAGACUAUGGCAUUGAAGCCUCCAGUAAAUGGCACCACGGCAGGGGGAGUUUAUCACACUGUUACACCGAGGAUCUCUCCCAGAGGGACGCCUGGACAAGCUCGACCGCACGUGGGGCAGAGUUCCUGGUGAAAAGCAGCUCCGGUCUGAGCCACUCCGGUUCCAAUCCAGGUUUCCACGGAAGCGUUGGUAAGAACGGCGUCCUGCCACAGGCGUUCGAUCAGUUUUUCGACACCGCCUACGGGAACGCGGAGCACAACAACAACAACACGGCACCAGUAGACAAAACGAACCCCACACCGGCUCCGGCUCCGGCUCCGGGCUCGGACUCGGUGGACAGCUGCAGCCCCAAAUCCUCCUCCGGCCACAGCGAGGAAAAAACGAGCAAAAACAGCAGUGGCCAAAGGAUGCGCAAGAAGAGAUGCCCCUAUUCCAAGUAUCAGAUUAGGGAGCUGGAGAGGGAAUUCUUCUUCAGCGUUUACAUCAACAAAGAAAAGCGUCUGCAACUCUCUCGGAUGCUCAACCUGACAGACCGACAGGUCAAAAUCUGGUUUCAGAACAGGAGGAUGAAGGAGAAGAAACUGAACAGAGACCGCUUACAGUACUACACGACAAACCCUCUGCUGUAAAAAGUGAACAAAGACUCUCACUGGCUGGCGUGUAGGCCACAAGG